CUAAGUUUAAUCUUGUUGUAAUAAAUAUUUUGGCAAGUUUACUAAGUUAAUCUAAAAGUAAUUUAGGUUGAGCAUAAACAAAUUUCAAUUUGUUAGAAUUAUCAAGUUUGGCCGAUAGUAAUAUUUGGCAAGGUUAGUUUGGUAACGGGCAAGAAAAAUACCGUUUUAAAAGACAUGUUUAAAAGUAGAAAAGUCUGAACAAUUGCUAUUUGCACACUCUUUUUUCAUUCGCUCUCACGGUCUCUCAAUUUCUCUCUUAACAGAAAAAAAAAAACAAAUUCUUCAAAAAAAAACAAAAAAAAAAAGAAAAAGAAAAAAAAAACAGAAAAAAACAAAAUCGAAAAACAAUUUGAAAAUCGAUGCAGCCUGUAAGGCUGUAAUACAUCGAACAGAAGAAGAAAGAAGAGGGAAAGCCAAACAUUUAUAAAAACAGGUUUUUUUAUAAUUAAGUUACAAGUAAAUAAUUAAAUUAAUACUCAUUAAUCUCGAAUUUGAUCCGAAAAUUACGUAAUGGGUGGAAUUGAAUUUGCUAAUUCAUAGCUGGCCGUCAAAUUCCUUGAAAUUCACACCUUCUUAUAAUUUUUAUUUUCUGUAAAUAAUUAAGUGGGCUGAUCAUGCAAUUUGAGGAGAAGAAAAUGAGCUAAUUUGGGAAGGCGGCGAUCAUUGUUUACAUCUUAAUCAAGGUUGUAGAAGUUUGAACUGAUACUGGUAAAGAAUCUGCAUUCGAGUUUGUUCUGAUUCGGGUUUUACUUUGGUUCGCGAUCUUGGGAGGAGAUAACAGUGUUGGCUUGGUGGUGCAUUCUAGACCUACUUCUGUAAUUGGGAUUUGGCAUUUGAUUCUUUCGAUAGCAUGGUUUGGGCAUUGCUUAAUGUUGGCAUUGUUGCUUGUGUAUGGGAUGUUUGAAUUGUUUCCUGGACUAUUUUGUUGGAUUAAUUAGAUUUUAGGCGAAUUGGAGUUCAUUCCUCCAACCCCACUUGAAGGUGUUGCCCUUUUGAUGUGAGGUGACCAUUUGGUCAUUUUGCAUUCAAAUGAGCAUUGCACAAUGAGUGGGGAAGGAGGAUUGUCAGUAGAUGGAGGAAUCAAACAAGAAAGACUUUGAUCUACUUGGUAUUCUGAAGGCAUGGCUCCCGUGGCAGAGCAACUCUGCUAAUGUGUCAAGGUCCUUUUGGAUGCCUGACCAUAGCUGUAGGGUAUGCUAUGAGUGUGAUGCCCAGUUUACAAUAUUCAAUCGUAGACACCAUUGUCGGCUUUGUGGUCGAAUCUUUUGUGGAAAAUGUACAGAAAAUUCAGUUCCAGCUCGUAGUGUUGAUCCCAGUAAUUUGCUAGGUGAAUGGGAGAAGGUUCGGGCGUGUAAUUAUUGUUUCAGGCAAGAGGAGCAGCGUUUAGCUAAUGUUGGUCGUGGCCCUUAUGGGUCUCACGAUAUAGAUCAUUCACUCUCAGCAGCUAGUGAUGCCAGUUCAACUUCUAGUGAAUCUGCUUAUGGUAGCAAUGUUUCUAUUUGUUCAAUGUCAGUUGGUAUCUGUGAACAGUCUUCUGAGUGUUUUUCUCACAGUCCAUAUCAAUCAGCUUUGAUGGAUCUGUCUGUAGAUGUCCUGGGCACUGAGGGAUCAGGAAGGAGCACUUUCACUGCCCCCUAUGCAGAUGAUUCAUCUGUUAAUCAAUGUGGAUCGGGUACAAACAGGAGUGAUGAUGAUGAUGAUGAUGAUGUCUUUGGUGUUUAUGAUAUGGAUUCCAAAUCAACUAGUUGUUCACAGGCUAAUGGCUAUUAUGGUACAUUGGAAAUCAAUGCGAUGCAAAAUGCUUAUGAGUCACAUGAUCAGGUUCCUGAAAUGGGUUAUUGUGACACCAAAGGCUUGAGUUGUUCCGCUUUUCAGGGCAGCUAUGAUGUGCAAGAUGAUGGUGUACACCAACAUAAGAAGAAAGAAGAUAAUGAUUUUGGUGAUGAAUGUGAAGCAUCUUCAUCUCUUUGCGCUGUUGAGGAUGUUAACACUGAGCCUGUUGAUUUUGAGAACAAUGGACUUCUUUGGCUUCCGCCUGAACCUGAGAAUGAAGAGGAUGAUAGAAUUUCUUGUUUAUUUGAUGAUGAUGAUGAUGCAGAUGCUUCUGGAGGGUGGAGACAUCUGCACACAUCUAGCAGUUUCGGUAGUGAUGAGUAUCAUGAAAAGGAAAGCUCUGUUGAAGAGCAGAGUAAUAUUAUGAAGAAUGUAGUUGAUGGACAUUUUAGGGCUCUGGUAUCUCAACUUCUGCAGGUUGAGAACAUUCCAGUUACUGAUGACGACAACAAAGAGAGUUGGCUUGAAAUUAUUACUGGUCUUUCCUGGGAGGUUGCUACACUACUGAAACCUGACACGAGCAGAGGUGGGGGGAUGGAUCCUGGAGGUUAUGUAAAGGUGAAAUGCAUAGCCAGUGGAUGUCGCUCAGAGAGUAUGGUUGUCAAAGGAAUUGUGUGUAAAAAGAAUGUUGCACAUCGUCGGAUGGCAACAAGAAUCGAGAAGCCUCGUCUCAUGAUCCUAUGUGGAGCUCUGGAAUAUCAGCGGGUUUCCAACUUAUUCUCAAGUAUUGAUACUCUUCUGCAGCAGGAAAUGGAUCAUUUGAAGAUGGCAGUUGCAAAGAUUGAAGCUCAGCACAUUAACGUGUUGUUGGUAGAGAAGUCAGUUUCUCGACAAGCACAAGAAUACAUUCUUGAAAAGGACAUUUCUCUUGCUCUCAAUAUGAAGAAACCACUUCUUGAGCGUAUAGCACGCUGCACAGGAGCUCAAAUUGUUCCCUCAAUUGACCAUCUUUCUGGACAAAAGAUGGGAUAUUGCGACCUUUUUCAUGUAGAGAAGUGUUUUGAAGAUUAUGGCUCUGCUGGUCAAGCUGGAAAAAAAUUGAUGAAGACAUUGAUGUACUUUGAAGAUUGUCCAAAGCCACUUGGUUUCACAAUUUUACUUAGAGGUGCAGAUAGAGAUGAGCUGAAAAAGGUGAAGCAUGUAGUGCAAUAUGGAGUUUUUGCUGCAUAUCACUUGGCUCUGGAGACAUCUUUUCUUGCGGAUGAAGGAGCUUCCUUGCCUGAGCAUUUGUUUAACGAAUCAUUAAAUGUAGCACUUCCAAAUAAAUCCUUAAGUAUCGAUCGGUCUAUCUCAAUGGUACCUGGUUUUGCAAUUCCUGUACAUGAGAAGCAAGAAAACUUUGGAGAUCCCCAAAUAUUGAAUGCUAUUACCACUGCCUUUCUAGGUGGUACUACUGUGCAAAAUACAGAAUUGACAAAAACAUUGUCUUUACCUUUAAACACCACUAUUCAAAAUUCUGGAUCCUCUCUUAUCUGUGGCAGUGCCACUAAUAUCACUUGUAAGCCUUCAAUCAAUGUCUCUAGCUCAGAGCUUUGGUGUGGUGAGGUUGCUUCUCUAUCAGCAUCUGUCAAGGAAAAGCAUGCAGGAGACUUUAUAGAUCAAGAUGCUUCUGCAGUUAUUUGUGGUGAAGUGUCACAUGUUCACCCUAAAGAAGUGAAUUCUGGCUCACUAGGGUCGAAGGAGAUUAAAUCUGUUGCUGAGGAUGAAUGUAAUUCGAACAAUAUGACUGGCUUAAAUGAAACAUCAGGUUCCAAGUCUGUCUCUUGCCAACAAGAUGCUAUAAGUAUUGCCCAGACCGAGCCUGGUUCUUCGAAACAGGAGUUCCCUCCGACAUCAUCUGACAUUCAGAGCAUCUUAGUUUCCUUAUCAUCAAGAUGUGUGUGGAAGGGGACAGUGUGUGAAAGGUCUCACCUGUUUAGGAUCAAAUACUAUGGUAGUUUCGAUAAACCUUUAGGCCGGUUUUUGCAAGAUCACUUAUUUGAUCAGAACUACAGGUGCCGCUCCUGUGACAUGCCUGCUGAUGCCCAUGUUCAUUGUUACACCCAUCGGCAAGGCACACUCACAAUAUCAGUUAAAAAGUUGUCAGAGAUUCUUUUGACUGGAGAAAGGGAAGGAAAGAUAUGGAUGUGGCACAGGUGUCUGCGCUGUCCAAGGAUUGAUGGUUUCCCUCCUGCAACUCGAAGAGUUGUGAUGUCAGAUGCUGCGUGGGGGUUAUCAUUUGGGAAAUUUUUGGAACUAAGCUUUUCAAAUCAUGCUGCAGCAAGCAGGGUUGCUAGUUGUGGUCACUCUUUACACAGGGACUGUCUUCGAUUUUAUGGGUGUGGGAAGAUGGUUGCUUGUUUCCGUUAUGCAUCAAUUGAUGUUUAUUCUGUAUACGUUCCACCUGCUAAAGUUGAUUUUAACUAUGAGAUUCAGGACUGGAUACAGAAAGAAGCAGAUGAGGUUCUUGAACGAGCAGAUCUCUUGUUUUAUGAGGUUCGCAAUGCCGUUAGGCAAAUAGCGGAUAAAACAUAUGGUGGAUUGGGUGCUGGUAUAGAUUGCUCUGAAUCAAGAAUUGCAACACUUGAAGGACUUCUGCAAAAUGAGAUGACUGGAUUUGAGGAAAUGCGUCAGAGAUUGUCUAACAGGGAGAUGAAAAAGGGUCAUCCUUCUCAUGAUAUCCUGGAAAUUAAUAGAUUAAGGAUGCAGCUGCUCUUCCGGUCUUACAUAUGGGAUCAGCGCCUUGUUAAUGCUGCCAGUGGUGAAGCCCUUCCUGCAGACCAAAAAGUUAUUAAGAGUUCCAAUCUGGAAGAUGCAACUGUGAAUAUUGUGAAACCACUGGAGACUGCUUUUCACUCUAAAGCUAGUCCAGAUCAUACUAAAAACUUUGUAGGACAAGAUUUCCUCUCUGCUAGCAGUCCUAGCACUGGAAAUUAUGAACCGCCUGAUCCUUUGGAGUGUGGAUCAACUGUUCGAAGGGCAGCAUCUGACAGUCAGUUUAUAGAUACCCUUAACCGGCUUGAUGCUGCUUGGACUGGUAAAACUCAUCCAGGGGUUGGGACUAAAGAAAACAGCUUGCCAUUGAUGGGGUCGAUUUCGGUGGAUUCUUCAUUGGCUGUUGUGGCGGAGAGGUUGGCGUUGGAGAGUCGAGUUGAAGAGAAGGGUGUUGCCAAGGCAACAUCAUCUUCUUCACCAGGGGCAUCUACAAACUCGAAAGGCUCAGAUAGUGCUGAAGACACCAUAAGCUGGUUGGGAAUGCCUUUUCUCAGUAUUUAUCAAUCUGUAAAUAAGAACUUUCUUGGGAAUACUCAAAAGUUUAGUAAUUCGACUUACAUAUCAUCAGCUCGGGAUUUGGGGCUGCAAGGUGGGGCUAAGUGGCUUCUGCCUGAAGGUUCAAAUGACCCUGUUAUUCCAAUUUAUGACGAUGAGCCAACCAGCAUAAUUUCUUAUGCAUUGAUCUCAAAGGAUUAUCACACUCAAUUAUCUGAUGAUGGGGAAAAACCGAAAGAUAUUGAGUCUGCAUCUUCGAUGCCAGCGGCAGAAUCAGCCAGCUUUCAUCAAUCUGUUUCACCUAAUGACUCUUUGAACGAAUCAAAUAGAAGUCUUUCAAUAGAUGAUAGCAUCUUAUCUACAUCGGGUGCACGCAACUCCUUCAUGUCAGACCCACUUUUGUACACAAAGUCAUUGCACAUAAGAGUUGCUUUUACUGUUGAUGGCCCUGUUGAUAAAGUGAAAUAUACUGUCACUUGUUACUAUGCAAAGCACUUUGAUGCCUUGAGGAAAAUUUGCUGUCCAUCUGAGCUUGAUUAUGUUAGAUCACUAAGUCGCUGUAAAAAAUGGGGGGCCCAGGGUGGUAAAAGCAAUGUCUUUUUCGCUAAAACUUUGGAUGACAGGUUUAUCAUUAAACAGGUUACGAAAACGGAGCUUGAAUCAUUUAUCACAUUUGCUCCUGAGUACUUUAAGUAUCUUAUGGAAGCUAUAGACACAAAGAGCCCAACAUGCCUAGCUAAAAUUUUGGGCAUCUAUCAGGUUACCACAAAGAAUCUUAAAGGAGGCAAGGAAUUAAAGAUGGAUGUUUUGGUCAUGGAGAAUCUUUUGUAUAGAAGAAAUGUCACAAAGCUUUAUGACCUGAAAGGCUCCUCAAGAUCACGAUACAAUCCAGAUUCCAGUGGUAGUAAUAAGGUCCUUUUAGAUCAAAAUCUUAUUGAAGCAAUGCCUACCUCCCCAAUUUUUGUUGGCAACAAGGCAAAGCGCUUAUUGGAGAGGGCAGUGUGGAAUGACACUUCUUUUCUUGCUUCUGUUGACGUAAUGGAUUAUUCCUUGCUGGUUGGAGUUGACAAAGAGAAGCAUGAACUAGUUCUUGGGAUCAUUGAUUUUAUGAGACAAUAUACCUGGGAUAAACAUUUGGAAACAUGGGUGAAAGCUUCUGGAAUCCUCGGCGGUCCCAAGAAUGUAUCUCCAACAGUAAUUUCGCCCAAGCAGUAUAAGAAAAGGUUCCGUAAGGCCAUGACUACAUAUUUUCUCAUGGUUCCUGAUACUUGGUCCCCUCCAACUAAUAUAUCAAGCCAAUUGCAAAGCAACCUUUGUGACGAAAAUGAUCAAGGUGGGUCAUGAAUCAUGACCGUGAAUAUAUUGAAGUCUGUGAAUCGAAAUGUUCUAGGUCUAAACAGGUAACUUUGAGGCUAAAUGUCUUCCAUACCUUUUGGUUAACAUGAUCCACCUAUUUUUCCGGUGUCUCAUUUUUUGGUUAGUGAAAUUUGAUUAGUCAUCUUGGAUCUUAGAAAACAAGAGAUCAUAUCAUUAAUGAAAAAAGAUGCAUGAAAAAGGCAGGCAAACUGAAGGUUUUGAAUGUCUCAUGUGGGGGGUAUAUAUUUGUUAGCUAAUCCCAUUUCUUGAAUGCUGUAUAUGGUUAUUUUUUCGUCCCCUUUCUUCAGGUGCCUUAGCAUUACAACAUUUACAAGCUGUAAUUGAACUGCUACAUUUUUUUGGUACAGUGUAUAGAAGAGUUUCACAAGAUCAAUUUUUUGAAUGUAUUCCUGAGUGUAUACGCACUUUUAUUGGUUGCA